CGGAAUGACACCCCCAAUGGCAGGAGUCAGCUGCGACUCGUCAAGAUUUCGUCCGACGUGUUAGCUCAGAGGGAGACUGUCGCUGUCAUCGACACACAAGGACAGGGGACCUCGAUAGUAGGUAGAGGUAGUAGUAAAAGCGCGCUACCAGACCGGCCAUGCUGAUGCAUUCCACCGCUUACUCAUUGGCGUCCACUAGGGUCGGGACAAAGUGUACUCUCCACGUAUCCGCCUGCCAGUGAUGGAAAUUUCGAAGCAUCACUGCAAUCUAUUCGAGAUGAAGGAUCAGGAUGGGACUCCUUCCUUCUUCGUCUCAGACACGGGAUCAACGUACGGCACUUUUGUACUACCCGCUGCCGCCGCUGCCAAUUCGGGAGCGUCACACAUUUCCACUUCUUCUUUUGAUCGACUGUCCGACGCCAAGAAGGCUUCGACGCCACGCCGGCUGAACCAUUGCGAUCUGGUGCGGGUAGCCAAGACUACCUUCGAAGUCCACAUCCACACGUGGCCGUACCUUUCCUGCGAUCGGUGUUCGCUGAAUGAGGCCGCCUCAAACGAGAUCAAAACAAUUGCAACUGCCGCUGCGAGAAGCAGUAUGCCUGCCACGUCUGAAGAUUCAUCUUCGACAGUGACGGCAACCCCCGACAGCGCGCGUUACGUGUCUGGGGGGCUGAGGGGCAAAGGUGACCGCCGUCUGGAUGCAGAAUCGGAGCGACGACGUCAGAUGGCCGAGUUGCAGUCAUCCUAUCUGUCUGCGAGCCAGAAUAAAAGAGAGAGGCCGACUUCUGCGCGAUCCAGCCCAACGGUCGGCCCACGCCCAUCACCAGGGCCUGAAGGAGGAGCUCCAAGGCCUGCCUAUAGAGACCGUGCUGCUCAAAGGAGAGCUCUGCACGUGUCAGAGAGCGGGGACAUGGCUGGACAUCGUCAAGGCCCGUCUCGGCAGAGAAGCUAUCCCACGACCUCAGCUCCCAGCACGCCCGGCGCUGGUCUGCGGAUUGACAGCGAGUCGAAGACCAGGCUGGAAGCGCAGCCAAUUCAGCCAUUGGGCGACAACAACAGGGGGUAUCAGCUUUAUAAGCAAAUGUACUCGUCUUCGCAGUCUGACCCCGAGUCCGGUCCAGUGAGAGAAGGAAAGCUCGUAUUGCCAACGGUGAUGGAAGGACGAGCGGGCAUUGGCAGCCGGCCCCUCGUCGACCCGCACGAGCAGCAGCCUCACCAAAUGGAAAGUCGCGAAGCGCAACAUCGGGGCCAAGCAUCAGAUUGGAAGCUAAGACUGGACCAAAGCAAGAGAAGGCGAUGGGAUGAGGCCCAAGAGCUGGCGGAUAGCGAGAGCAAGACCUAAUUGUAGAAGAAAGAUGCAUGUCGUUCACGAGAGCUUCAGAUCGGAUAUGUACCGUAGCAGGGAACGUAGAGGACCUCAGCAGGCCUGCAUAUCAGAUCAUCGAAGCAGCUGUGACUCCUUGUGCCAUUGCAGUUCACGUCCAAAGUGG